AAUGAUCCUGAUCACCAUAGGCUUACCAAUUGUCUUCGUGCAUAUAUGUUGCGCCGAACUCACGCAGAAACUCUAUUUGGGCGUCCUAUCCUCAAGCUUCCCGACAUUGAUGAAAACACAAUAGUUGUUAAAUUUUCCAUUGUGGAGAGAGCCUUAUACCAAAAAAUGAUUGGGAGCUUCUUAGAUGAACAUCUUAACACCAUGCGCACCAUUGACGGACUUGACAACUAUCUCGCCCUUCUGCUUUACCUGCGAAUGUUUACAUCCCAUCUGCUAUUACCACAAGAUGUAAUAAAGCAGAUAUUGACUCCUCAAUUUAUGCAAGAAAUUGAGCCUGAAAUAAAACAGAGCUCUGAUAUUGAGGAAAGUGAGGUGUUCAAUUCACUUCAGGCGUCGUGGUUCGCGAACCCACCGAAGCCUCUAGAUCGCUCGGGAAAAGAAGGAUCGGAUGCCGGAAUCUCAACAUUGUUUGAAUCCGUGAUGGGCAGCUCAAAAGAGGCCGCAAACAUCAUGGGUUGCAUUGAAUGCAACCAGAGACAAGAAUCAGUUUUCAUAUUAUCAUGUAUGCACCUUUGUUGUUUCGGUUGCAUGCCAAAGUUACCACGAGUUGGAGACGAACAAAUUACAUGCCGUUGUGGUUUGACUGUAUCCUAUAAACCAUGCCUUGAUCUCCAGAAAUUCUGCCGUAGCAAGGCAAUACGGAGGGAGAGAGGUUCGAAGUCUAGAUGCAUCGACGAAUUUGAACAGGAUAUGGGAACUCGAACUAUUGGCGAGACGGUACUUAGCGCGAAGCUAAGGGCUGUGAAAAUGUUCAUUUCUAACUGGCUCAAGGAAUCACCAGAUAUUAAAAUCACAAUAUUCACACAGUUUCUGGGAAUGAUUAGUGCCAUAGCCUCGGUGUGCGAGGCUGAAGGUUGGAGAUACACCACGCUUUGUGGGAAACUGCACCAUAGAACUAGACAUGCAAACAUCAAAAGGUUCCGCGAGGAGAACGUUAGCAUCUUGAUCUCCUCGCUGAAAGCAGGGGGUGUGGGCCUCGACCUGACUAUGGCUAGCAAAUGUAUCCUGGUUGAUUUAUGGUGGAACGAGGCAAUUGAGCAACAGAAUGACGUAGAGAUCAUUCGUAUAUGUGUCGAGAACACGGUCGAUGACCGCCUCCAACUUAUUCAGAGUCGGAAAUCUGAACAUAUAAGAAAGGCUAUGGGGUCAACCGUCCUCGCGCAAAGGGAUACCCUUGCCGAUAUUUUGACACUCUUUGGGGUGGAAGAAGAUGAGAAUGCAGACGGGGGAUACAGGUUCUUGACCGAAGAAGAGGCGGCUGCACAGUUGAAGGAGAAGGACAAGACCCCUGAUAAUAACGCUGACGCUGACGCCGAAGCCGAAGCCGACGCCGAAGUUCUACCUGGACCUGAGCCUAAGCCUGAGCCUGAGCCUGAGCUUGAGCCUGAGCCUGAACCUGAGCCUGAACCUGAGCCUGAACCUGAAGGCGAACCUGAACUUGAGGCAGAAAUUGAACCUGAACCCGAAGCCAAAGUCGAAGUGGAAGCUGGCGCUACCUAA